AUGCCAUCCUCACAAGAUACUGCUCAGGUUGCCUCCCCGGCCGGUUCACUCGCGCCAACUGAACCAGCCAUAUCCUUUAUGGCCAGCGCUGUACCUGACGAACCCGAGACCGCCUCUCCAGAGCAGACCGCUUCUCCAGAGCUCCGAUGGUCCCCGGCCGCCUCACUUGCGCCAACCGAACUAGCCAUAUCCUCUGCAGCCCCCACUGUACCUGACGAACCCGAGACCGCUUCUCCAGAGCUCCGAUGGUCCCCGGCCGCUUCGCUUGCGCCGACUGAACCAGCCAUAUCCCUUGUGGCCCCCACUGUACCCGACGAACCCGAGACCCCUUCUCCAGAGCUUCGAUGGAUCCUGCACUUCAUAUACUCGUGGGAAGGAGGAGUGAAGAGUGUUGAUUGUUACGUCUGUGAAGGACCGAAGAUCCCACUGAAGCAGAGCGAGGCCCUGUCCACUCCGGCCCUCGUCAUAUUCAGUAACGCACACGUGCUGUUCACUGAACCGCCUCCGAAUGACGCCUUUCGCGAGACACCUUUCCUCACCUCGAAGACACUCAGGGACUUCAGCAAGGACAGUUGGGGUGCCGUGAAGCCCGACAACAUCAACAUCUCCCUGUGCAGUGUCGGUGCGCUUCUUGGGGUGAAGACGUACAAGCGUACGAGGGCUAUACGCAGGGCGGCUCGAAAGAUCAUGAAGGGCUGUAUGGACAUUUCCGAUGAUGACGGCGGAGAAUGGGAUUGCACCGCGGAAGCUAAGGACCUUUGCGAGUUUUCCAGGCAUAUCAGUUCCCCCUUUAUUGCCUCCUCGGUAAACCCGGCUUCACUACCGGAGACAAGUGAGGAAGAUCAGCAACCUUCCAGCGAGGAUGAGGAUGAGGAUGAGGAGGAUGAGGAUCAGUGUGUCAUCGAGGAGACUCAUGAAGAAGAGCCGUAUGCAUUCCAGCCGGAAGGGAAUGAGACCGAUACCUCGGCCGAUCAAGCCUCCAGUGGCGGGGACGAGGAGGAGCAAGAGGGCGAGGAUGACGACGAGGUCGAGGAGAUUCCCCCGGGAGCCCGAACUACCUAA